AUGGAAGAUCAUCAGAAUGAAUCGACAUCGAAAGCAGCAAAGUUUGAGGAAUUGCUGAAAAAGACGGUUGCUCAACUAAAGGUGAUAGUGAUGAACUUUGAGGAGAGUCACGAUAAGAGAUUCAAGAUACCAACAAGAAAGAAUGAAAUCAUUCAACUCAUCAUCGACAACGAUAUGUACAAAUCGAAUGACCACGAUUUCGAGAAACGUACGAAACCAUCAACCAAAAGAUCUCUAAUAGAUAAUGAAAGUGAUAACAACAACAACAACAACAACGAUGAAGAACAACUUUUAUAUAAUAAUGAUGAUGAUGAUGAUGAAAAAGAAGAAGGUGAGGACGAAGAGGUAGAACAAGAUGAAGAUGAAGAUGAUUCUAUGAUGGAAGGUGAAGGUGAAGAACAACAAAAACAACAACAAAGAAAACAACAUAAUAAACAAACAACUACAACUACUACAACCACUAGUAAUAUUAAUAUUAAGAGUAUUGUUGUUAGUAAUAAUAACAAUAAUAAAGGACAACCUGUUGAUCUUCUAAAGGAGAAUGCAGAUGCAUGGUUCAAUAAGGUUCAGAGCGAUGUUGUUACAAAGAAGAAACUGAUACGUUCAUUCGAUGACUUUGACCAACGUGCUGAAAACACCACCACAAUCGACGAUAUGUUUCGUUAUUACUUUAGAGAGAAAACAAGUCUUGAUAUAUUCACAACAACCAACUUUCCAAUACAUGGAACUACAAGAUGUUCAAAUUAUUUAUUCAGAAGAUGGCAUUUCAUUUGUUUAACAUGUUCAACUGUUGAUAUUAAAUAUUGUGUCGAUUGUUUUUUAAAUGGUAUACAUAGAGAGGAGAAUCAUAGAUUCUCAUUGGUUUAUACACCGAAUAUAUCUUGUGUUUGUGACUGUGGAGAUGGCGAUGUGAUGAAGACGAGUUCGUUUUGCACGAAACAUCGAUUCGCCACGAAUAUUCAGCAGAAGGAGAACUAUAUCAAUCAGUUCCCAGAGUAUCUACGCGAUGCCUUCAAGACGUUUUUCAAUAAGUUUGAAUCAAAGAUGUUUUCGAGAUUGUUAAAGAUCGAGGAGUGUGCAGUCUAUUUCUCAAACAAUCAGAUGAUACUAAAGAUCUUCUUGGAUAUCUGUCAGAAUCUUCAUUUGUUUGCUUCGGUUGCUUUCAAGUUUGAGAAUAUUCUCAGAGAGCUGAAGGAUUUGAUUCACUUGGAGAGUUGUCUCAUCAAUGGAUUCAAUCAUAUGCUUCAACAUCUACCGGAAGCAAAGAUCCAAGAGAUGACCAAGACCAUUAUCGACCAGGCAAUGGAUCUAUCCACCAAGAUCAAGUAUCCGGUGUAUGCACGCGACAAAGGAACGCGUCUUUUAUUCCCACUGCCCAGAAUCAUUGCACUCUGUGUUUUGCACUCGAGUGCCAACAACAAUAUCGACCACUUUAUACAACUGGUGAAAUCGGAUUACGAACACUAUUCACCGUCGAUCGCUGAUAUGGUAUUCAACAUAACAACGUUUCGUGCAUUCUACUAUGCACAUUGCUGUCGUCCCCGCAACCAGAAUCUCGACAGUCACGUUGUAGCGUCUCCAACCGACGACGACCGAUUUAACCGCUUCUUUACACAAAAGUUUAUGAUGUUGGACUUUUUGAUGUUACAGUUAUCUUUAAUAUCGACUGGACCAUCAACCUUUUUAUACCAGCUUUUAAAUGAACCAUUUAGUUAUUCAGCAACAAAUAAUGAAUGGUUAAAAGUUAUUUUUGAAAUAAUUGUCAAUGUUUUGCAAACUAGAGCAACUAUUAAACCAACAGAGGAGGAUAUCGAGUAUCAUUAUAUUCAGGCUGCUGCAUCUGGCUACUUUUAUUAUAGUGAAAUGUUGAAUUUCAAAUUCAUCUAUAAGAAUAUUCCAAUGGAGACCAAGGAGAGAAUCAUUGCCAAGGUCGUCAAGGAUGUAAAGGCACCAAAGAUGCAGUUGAAACCAGAGUACUGGUCAAGAUACGAUCCAUACUACUGGAGCUUUGAGUAUGUAUUCAAGAUUCAUCUACAGGAGUUGGCGAAAGAGGAGUUCACCAAGUAUCAACGUGAGAACAACAUUCCAGAGUGUUUCCCAUCGUUGCCAGCUCUGCUACCGCCACUGGACAACAAGCUCGAUGGAAUCUAUCAACUGUUCCACGAGAAUGCCCUGUAUGAAUUCCUUCAUUACACCACCAUGAAGAUUGUCUAUCCAAACUUCAAGGGUUUCAAAGAUUUCGAGAAGAACACAAACAGCUUCUACGCCAAUCACAAUCUCUUUGGAAAGAUUUCGACAAGCGAUAUCAUUGUCAUCAACGACAUCUACUACAUCCUGUUGAUGGCACUCCGUCAUUUCGACCAAUGGAUUGUCGAGCAGUCGGAUCGCGAUGUUCGUGCCAUUCGUCACGAGGUCAGUCAAUUCCUCUCGAACAACAACUACAAGAAACAUCCACAGCAACGUCCACUCUACUUCUGGGAGACAAACAAUGUUGUCACCAUGCUCCUCAGAGCAUACACUCCAUCAUUCAAGAACAUCAGAAAGAAGCAAUCACAGUCGUUCCUUGACACUCUGAUCUACUGCUGGAAGAUCAAUUCCACCGACCAGAAUCCACUACUCCAAGAGAUCAUGAUUUGGUUCGGUCAGUUUGAUGAUUCGAUCAACGAUUACUUUGAAACUCAAGGUAUCACCGAUUUCGAUCCAAAGAAGCGUGAAGAGGAGGAAAGAGAGAAGCGUAGAAAGAUCAUGCAAGCAAAGCGCGAUGAAAUCAUGAAACAAAUGAAAGAGAAACAGAAUCAAUUCUUACAGUUGACAGAGAAUCAAGAUUUAUAUGAUGAAACAGAGGUUUUAGAGAAUAAUACAACAACAUCAACAACUACAACGAAUAACAAUAACAACAAUAAUAAUACAUCUGAGGAUUCAAGUAAUAAUACUAGUACUACUGCUACUGCUACUGCUACUACAACAUCAGGUGAACAACAUCAUCAUGAUGAAUCAACUGAUAAAAUAUGUAUGAUCUGUAGAGAUACUACAAGUACUGAACCACUCUAUACAGUGGCAAGAGUAACCAAUUGUACGUUGGCAAUGAAUCAGAAAUCGACUUCACUCUACAAGUUGAUCAGAUCUAUGCCACAAUCCUAUUUAAAUACAACCAUUCAGAAUCUGUUGGAACACCAAGAGAAUAUCUUUUUCGAUUCCAAACGAUUCCCAAAGAGUUCGGUUCACAACUUUGAUUUUGGAUUCCAAUGUCCACAGUGCAAUGCCAACUCGAACAUCUUGAUUCCAGUGGACGUUGCCAAUCUCACCAUCGAGGAGGUCAUGAAAUUCUUCCUCAACAUCCAAGAUGCCGGAGAGAUCGAUGAGGUAUUCGAGCGUCACUUUUGGGGAAUGGUUCACUCCAACAUCGACGUCUUUGAGAUGAAAACUCGUCAGAUCAGCAACUACAUCGUUGACACCGACCAGUUGCCCUACUACUUGCUCACCGACCUGGAGUUCAAGCAGGAGUUGGCCACUCUGAGAAUCCUCUUUAAAACGAUAACCAGUUGUGAGGUACCUCCAUUCGCUGAGGAUUUGAUCGAUGUUGACGAUCAUCUCAAAUUCCAUGUCGAUCCAUUCUUCCUGUCGACUUAUCUUGUCUACCUGAGAAAGCUCGACUACAAGACAACCAACAGCCAGUCGAUCAAGCAAUAUCUCUUCAAUUAUAUUCUAAUGGAGGCAAUGAAGCUACCAAAGUUCAAGGUUACUCAGUCCGCUGAUACCAUCCGACAGAUCUAUGCAAAUCUUAAGGACAACCAAGAAUCACUGAAUAGCUAUCUAUUCCCCGUUCUGAGAAAGUGUUAUCUCUACCAUUGUCUGGCAAGCUAUCCAACUCAACCAGCUCUUAUCAACCAACUCUCACAACAACAGUUUGCCAGUUUUGAAUACAUAAAGACCUCAUUGAACAUCGGUAAUACCACUGAGAUUAUCAGUCAAACUGAAUUGGAGGACUUUAUCAACAGAUUCAGCAAUUUGAAGAAAGGUUUUGUCAGUUUCAUCCCAUCUUCAUAUUUACAUUUACCUAAAUUAAAGAAAUUACAGCCUAAAUAUAUUGAUUUUAUUAUCAAGAAUAUUCCAAACACUGUCCAAGAGGAACAACAAUUUAUGUGUACAUCAUGUGAGAAAACUCAAAGUUUCAAAUGUCUGAGUUGUGGAUCCACUACUUGUGCACCCGAUUGUAUUCAUUCAUUUGUUUCAUGUCCAAAUGGAUUGCAUCAAGUAUUUUUAUUUAUUGAUAUCACAACAGGUUUACUAAAGGUAGUGGAUUUAGAUAAAGAUGUUAUUCUUUAUAAUAACGACAGUCUUUGUGUAUAUUUUAAUGAACACAAUGAACCAUCGACUAUUACCAACAAUCAGCUUACUCUAUCCAACAAGCACCUGCAGUCUGUAUACAAGAAAUGGGUACAAAUGAUUUCCACCAACACCAUUCAAUCUAUGGAUAUUGAUUUACCAAAUACUCUGUUUCUAUAA